GGCUUGAUAAUAUGUGUUUCUGUUCUGCCAUUCGGUAGAGAUCUAUACAGUAGUUAAAACCUAAGCUGUAGGAAGCAGGAGGGAAGAAGUCAAUCCCCGACACAUUCACUACUUCUAUUUUACAAAAACUUUGUGCGCCUCAGAUGGUUGGUUAUCUGUUCAAAUAUCCUUCAGAUCCAGUACUCAGACAUGCUGCAAUCCUUAAUCAGAUAGAUGCUUCUACCUCCAGUACUCCUACUGCAAUGCUUCCUCCACAACAGAAAAAUUAUAAUGCUGUGAUCAAUUUUCCUAUUAUACAUGCUCGAACGCCUGAUCGUACACCUGCCUUUAACUUGGGAAGGCAUGCUUCAGAUUUUGCUCCAUGGGGGACUGAUUCUUCUCUUGAACUGGCAUUCUCAAAACUAUCUAUGGGCCAACCAGGAUCCGAGCUAAUGGCUCCACCGCUGAUGCGGAAUAACCAUGGCACACCUGCAAUGGGAGUACCAUCUCUGCGCCAACCUAGAUCAGCACAACUCACCCCACAGAGGCUGAUGCAGGAUGGAGAAGUGCUGCCCACAUUAGAUAUCAAAGGAAAAGGACCUGCAUCAGAAGUAUUCGAGCAAAAAGUGCGGGUCCAUGUCGCUAGUUUGACUGCGGAAGAUGGCACUACAGGUGCUGCAGGGUUGUUGAUUAAGAAGGGAGCCUGGCAAUUCAUCUGCGCGUCAUGUUUCCCGAUGCAGGUCACGGGACCAGUUCUUUUAGCAGCUGCUUGCUGUGAAGGGAUCAAAAUCGCUCGGGCCUAUCAACCAACUUCUAUUGUGCUGGAGUCCCAUCUAUUCCAACUGCUCGACCCUCUAGCCAGUGCUCAUGCUCCAUGCCCACAGAUGGAAGAGUUGAUGAAAUUGCUGGAUCCCUCACGUUGCACAGUGGAAGCCAUUACCGAAGAAAGCAAUGGAGCUGCUCGUCAACUCGCCAUGCAUUCUUUGGUGACGGGGAGUGGCCGAGAUAUUCUUUGGUGUUCCACCGGAUUGGCUUGUGCUUACUUAGCUGGUUGCCAAGAGCAGUAA